UGGGAUAGCCUACAGUACACUGAAUGAGUGUGGCCUCAUCGCUGUUAGAUACCAAAGUGAUCCAGGGUACAGGCAAGUAUGUAGGUAUUUAAUAUUUUCCCUGGGCGAAAACGGGAUAUACGAGUUAUCUUAAUAUAACUACGAGCUGUUUAGUUAUUUGGAUUCGUUUAGCCGGAUAUUUUCAACCAUGUACCAAUGAAUCAGCUAGCAAGCUAACUUUCAGAUAACGUUAACCAACUCCUUUUGGAAAUGUUAGCUAGCCUAAACUUCCCCUUUAAAAUGUAGCUAGUUAGCGUUAUUUUGUGUUGGUAAAAUAGCGCACACGUUAGCACACUUUCUGGUUUAAACAAACUAAUUUGUCAAAUGUUAACUUAGCUUGCUAACAUUGUCAUUGCAAUCACAGGCGCUUGUAUGGUAACAUUAGCGUAGUUCUAGGUAACAAACUAGCUGACCAGGUUAGUGUAAGUUCUGUAUUUACUUUAACAAUAUACACCAGUCUAACAAAUGUACCGACAAUUGAGGUCAGUAGCUAUAGCCAUCACCAUGUCCUUGGGACGUGUAUCAGCCACAUGUCAAAAGUUAACAGGAUGGUUGUGUAACGUUAGGUUGUUAUGAGCUAGUUAGCUAGCCAGAAUCAAGUCGGGCAAUAGUGAGGCUGAAUUGCAAUGGCUUUUUGUUUGCUGCCAGGAACAACUAGCUAUAUUGUUGUGCAGAGCAUCGAUGCCUGUCUGUCGUUACGUUCCAUACCACCCUACUCUAGUCCAAGUCUCGCUGCACGUACAUCUUGUGGAACAGCUGUCCGCACUGGUUAGGCUAGCCAUUUGAAUGAAUGAAUAAUAGCUAGUUCCUGACAUCUGUUCAAGUCCAAAACCACACUGCCCUCUUCCAUAGGUCACAUUUAUUUUGUAACUGAUAUCCUACUGCUGUAAUAUUAUUGUACCCCAGUAUUGGAACUAUUAUCUGGAAUAGUGCUUCCUCUAAUGACCUUCCUAAAACAAUUGUUUGCUAUAUUUUAAAUGCAAUCUUCAUUUUCUGUUCCUACAGGCUUGUUUCCCCCUCAAACCUUCUCACACUAGUUGUGUGUUUUGUGCAGGGUCUGUUGCCGCCAUGCCUGCAAAGAAGGCUCCUAAGAGACAGAAGGAAAGUAAACCAGAGGAAGUAAAGGAUCCUAAGAAAGUUAAAGGUAAGCCACGGACUCUGACUCCAUUAAGCCAAUAUGAAGUCUAUUGUGAGAUGUUCAAUCUCUUCGUCAAGCCGCCUACUUGAACACACCCUAGUAUGCAAAAUGGACUCCUUUGAAAUAGAAUCAUCAUCAGCGUAUGUGCUUGUUAAUUGUGCCAUAUGCGUGUUGUCAUAAAGAUACUACAGUUUGGAUUAAAUAAUACUGUGUCAGUUUCCCACAGCAGCCAUGGGAAGGAGAAGGGUCUGGUUCUAGUGCUGGGCCAAGGGGACGUAGGACAGCUGGGUUUGGGAGAGGACAUCAUGGAGAGGAAGAGGCCGGCCCUGGUGACCCUGCCUGAGGGCGUGGUGCAGGUGGCGGCGGGGGGCAUGCACACAGUCUGUCUCAGUGACACUGGAAAUGUGAGUGAAGGCGGCAGAUCCAACUACAACUGUCUCAGAUACUGCAUCCAAUUUCAUAAAUCCAGAUUAAGCAUGCUACUGGUCUUUAAAAGCAUGCUCAAUUGAGAAUAUCUAUUAAAUGCUUUUUAGUUCAGGCCCUGUAUUCAUGAAAUGGCUCAGAGCAGUGUUUAUUUCGUCAAGUUACAAAAAAUACUCGUCAAUUACCUAUUUUUCCUGACAAAAACAAAUUAUAACGAGAUGAGAUGCCCUGAAGAAAAACGCGAACUAUUAAAAAUUACUUUUUAGUUGACAAAUGUGAUGAGAAUUCCACGUGAUACUAAUUGACAUUCAAUUUCACAUGAAGCUCCUUUUGAUCUCCCUUUGAGCCGUUUGUGUCCAAUCAUAAGCAUGCAUGCCUUUGCGGAAUAUAAUGCAAUCCUCUCAUUGAUCUUUCAGUUGCGCUGGCUGAUUAAGCUGAUCUGUCUCUCCCACACACACAGCUACCAGGCGGUCACUCCAGUCACUCCUCUCUUUUGAACUGAUGCACAGCCAGGACACUUCAAUUGUAACUAACCUCAACUAGAACCAAUAAUGUUUACCCUCAUAUAGACUAUUUUUGCUUUGAUCACAUCAGAAGCUCUAUUACCAUGUGUGCUGUUAUUCAUCUGUGUUGCCUCUCUCGUGGUCGGCAAAUGCGAGUGCAGUUGCUUUUUCCUGAUUGGAAAUACUAAUGCUAUUUGCUGAAUAUUAGGAAUACAUUAAUAAUUUUGGAGUUGUUGGAAAGCUCAGGUUCUCCCAUUUUAAAGGGAAUCACUGUUAUUUACCCACAUCACAAGGUUAUGAUGGGGAGAAAAUCUGUGUUGUAUAGGCCUAAAUUGUUUAACCUGUAGCCAAGGCUUUGUAGCAUAUAUGAUAAAUCAUGGCUGACGUUGGUUACAAUCUGCCACAAGCAAUGUUGCCAGCUAUGUGGGGAUAGUAGGCCUAUUUGGACAAGGCUAUCUUAAUGUGAACAUUAUCGAAGUUGGAGGUAAAUAUGAAUUAUUUCAUGGGGGGGAAAUGUUGUAGAGUAAUAUGUGACUAAAACUGGACAAAUUGUCCAGAGUUUUAGUCGACUGAUAACUAUGAAAGAUCUAAUUACUAAACGGCCUGAUAGCUAAGACUAAAAGAUUAAGGCAAAAUCUAAAAUAGCUGCCAAAAUUAAGACUGGCUCAUAGUAAGAGUGCUGAUCUAGGAUCAAGUCACCUCGCUCUUAUUCAUAAUUUAAAAGGUAAAACUGAUCCUAGAUCAGUACUCCUACUUGGGAAACACUUUGUGAUUAUAGAACCAGGACUAAGAUUAAUCUGGGGCUGGGAAACCGUAUCUUAAUGAAAUAUGACUUUACUUGGUAACAAGCUGCUUGUCUCUGGUGUAGAUCUACACAUUCGGCUGCAAUGACGAGGGUGCUCUGGGCCGAGAGACGACAGAGGAGGGCGCCGAGAUGGUGCCGGGGAAAGUGGCCCUGGACGAGAGGGUGGUUCAGUUGUCUGCUGGGGACAGUCACACAGCUGCACUCACAGAAGACGGUGCAGUCUACAUCUGGGGCUCCUUCAGGGUGAGUAGGUGACAGGGUUUAACACCCUGGAAACUGUUUAUGCACCAUUCCGUUACUCAAAAAAUCUUAAAUCAACUUUCCGUUGACUUGCCUUUGCAUCUGCCUUUAACUAAUCAAAUGGAAUACAAUUUUAUUUGUCACAUGCUUCGUAAACAACAGGUGUGGAUUAACAGUGAAAUGCUUACUUAUGGGCUCUUCUCAACAAUGCAGAGAGAAAGAAAAUGGAAAAAUUAUAGAAAGUAAUACACGUAAAAGUAAUAAAUACACAAUGAGUAAUGAUAACUUGGCUAUAUACACAGGGUACCAUUACCGAGUCGAUGUGCAGUGGUACGAGGUAGAUAUUUACAUGCACUGUAUAACUAAGAAUAAAGUAGCAGAUAAUAAACAGUAGCAGCAGCAUAUGCCACCUCUAUCAUAGACCAAAUUCAGAACCUGCAAUUCUCACUAAUUUCACACAUUGUACCAUUUGCAUUAGGAUAACAGCGGAGUCAUUGGUCUACUAGAGCCCAUGAAGAAGGUUAUUGUGCCUGUCAAGGUCCCCAUGAGAUGGCCUGUGAUGAAAAUAGCAUCAGGUGAGAAAUGGGGGAUCUGUCCCUAAGCUUUCAGGUUUCUCUGAAGAAGUUCUGCCUGCCCGGAGGUCUGGGCCACGUUCAAUAAAAAUAUGAUUAGAACUGACGUGAUUCCUUAUUCUGCAUGUCAUAGAGGCAUGUUUGUCCUAUAUCUGAGCGUUCUACCAUAUUGUUUCUUGCUCAAUGCUGCCCUGGUUAUAAGACAAUAUUCAUGACCUCUGACUCCCAGGUAAUGACCACUUGGUGAUGCUGACCGCAAGCGGUGACCUCUACACAUCAGGCUGCGGAGAGCAGGGGCAGCUGGGAAGGGUGCCGGAGCUCUUUGCCAACCGAGGGGGCAGGAAAGGGCUGUGUAUGUGCCAACUCAAACCAUUUACCUCUGACACAGUAGUCAUUCAGCCGUAGUUUGGGUGUGAGCACUCGUAUAAAGAAUGGAUAUCUGCACAAUUAUUAUUCUCUGUUUUGACUGCUGUGGGUGACAGUCAGGACAUGUGUGACUGUGUUUCUGUAUGAUUACAGUGCGGUUGCUGAUACCUCAGAUUGUGAAGGUCCAGUCUAGGGGCAAGGUUCACUUCACAGAUGCCUUCUGUGGGGCUUAUAUGACCUUUGCUGUGUCAAAAGAAGGCCACGUCUACGGAUUUGGACUGUCAAACUACCAUCAGCUUGGUGAGCAUGAGAUAAAAAUGUAUUCGACAACCUUCAGAAAUACUGUAACAGAACUUGUGGGGGUUAAUCUUCCAACUUGAUCUUGAUUUAUCUUCAACUAUAGCUAGGUUUCCAUCUAAUUGGCAACAGAUUUGCAUGUGAAUAUAGAAAAAUCUGCAUAAAGAAAUAUGCGCAGUUUCCCACCAGUGGUGUUUCCACCAAAUGACUUGUUGUGUAUAAAAAGCAGUGUGUGAUGACAUGGUGCACAUAAAAGGUACUUUUUCGCUCAAGUUUUCAUGUACUGAAUUAACAUCUAAAGUUGAAUGUGUUUCCAUUGCAUUUUCAACUCUACGGAUUAGUUUUGUCACAAACAGUUUAAAUAGGUCUUGGCAUGUGCGCUCUAGCCAAAUGCUCGCAGAUACAGUACGGGUAGGCUAGCCUACAUGAUGAGGUUAUUAUGGAUAAGAGCAAUAAUUUUUUUUGUCAUGGAUGCCAAGGAUCAAUCAUGUCACCAUAAUAAGACCCUCUAUGUUUAUUGGAAAGGAGCAUCACUCAUCACUGUGCAAUUCCACCUUGUCUAGUGUUUUGUUGACAUUUGGAAAGUUUCCCGACACAUUUGCUGUUUCCAUCAGGCCUGUCGUGACUUUUUUUUUUAUCCGACGUACUUUACUUGCAUAGAAAGGUUGGCUGGAAACCUGGUUAUUUAUGCACACUUUUUGAGUCUCCGAUCUGCUGUAGAAUUGCAGUUGGGUGUGUUGGAGAGAAUGUCACACUGUACUCAUUGACCAUAGACCUCUGUACUGAUGUUUCCAGGGACCAAACUCAUCAACACAUGCUUCGUUCCAAUAAAACUUACCUCCUUCAAAAACUCCACCAUUAACUGGAUGGGCUUCUCAGGGGGACAGCACCACACAGUCUGCCUCGACUCUGACGGUAAGCGCUUCGGGGCCUAUCUUUUAUUUGAAUCACUCUUGAUCAGAUCAACAAUGUCAGAACUUGGAAUUUAUGACUUGGACUGUUCAAGAAUCUGUCAACUGCAUAGUGCAGCACAAAUUGGGAAGAUCGAGAUGUGAUGUCUCUGUCCUCCUACAGGGAAGGUGUACAGCCUGGGCCGGGCGGAGUAUGGGCGUCUGGGUCUGGGCCAGGGGGCAGAGGAGAAGAGCGAGCCCACGCCUGUGGAAGGACUGGAUGGAGCCCAGGUGGUGGCAUGUGGGGCGUCGGUCAGCUAUGCUGUCACCAAACAAGGUGAGGUUAUGGCUAGUGUAUUUCUUCUGGUUUAUAAAAAAAUAAAAUAAUAAUCACCUGCUGAUGUUGUGCAUGUCUACAUUAUGGUGUGUAAUUGUGAUAGGAAUGACUCCAAGGCCAUUGUGUCUGUAUAUGGUCCACUGAUGUGUGUUUAUUGCAGGGUCUGUGUAUGCCUGGGGUAUGGGCACUAACCUCCAGCUUGGCACGGGUGAGGAGGACGACGAGUGGAGCCCUGUAGAGAUGACUGGCAAGCAGCUGGAGAACCGCAUAGUACUGAUGGUGGCCAGCGGUGGGCAGCACACAGUCCUGCUGGUCAAAGACAAGCAGGAGAGCUGAUGUAUCCUCAGGCAGGGGAAGGGUGACCUUGUUGGUCUGUACCAGAGGGAUCUGUGUUAAUACCUACACGUGGGGGAGGGGUUUGUGGCCGACUGUAACUUCCUGUGCUGAGCCAGGUUAGCCGUAGAGGGAACAUGGUGAUGGAAAGGGGCAGGGGUGAGACUGACUAGUCCCUGUUAAAGAGGGCUCUGAUCUCUCCCACUCAUGCAGAAAUCCCCUAACGUAUUUGGAUGUGGUUCAGUAGAUCAUGAUCAACAAGCAAGAGAGAAACACAUUUUUAAAAAUCUAGUUUAUGCUUAGUUAUUUUUUUAUGAGAAUCUUUAGUAUGUCUGUCUGGGAUGCCAGUCUAUGUGUCUGUAUGUUUGUGGGGAAAAUGAUGGACGAGCAUUUUAAUGAAAUCCCAAGUCACAGCCUUUUAAGAUUCCCAUUUUUGUUCCAAGCAAUAAAAAAAAAUCCACAGCAUCAGUAAGAUGAGUACUAGUAUUUCUCGUCAGCAAGGUCAUUUCAUUUGAAAGUCUGGCCUAAGUUGUCUGAACCAUGUAGUUGAGACUGCUGUUCACUGUACCCCCUUGCACAAUUACUUGCUGGUCCAAUUUGGAAAUAAAAGUGAAAUUUUACUGUUUUGAUCUUCUUUUUUUUAUUUACACACUGCAAUGACAAACUUUGUCCAGGGGUUGGCACUGGUAAUUGAGGGCCCAAUUAGUAGAUGGCUAGAGUAAUGACUUGAGUACAUCAACAUAUAUUUAU